AAUCUCAGAUACGUGUUUACAAUAAACCUAUAAAAAAAAAAUAAUGGUCAGUAAACAGUAAAAGUAAAAAAAUAUAGCGGUUAUAGUUAACACGAGACGAAAACGAUAACUCUUGUCAGAUACGGCUCUGUCGGUGUGAUAAGAAAAUUAUCAAAAAUGAAUUACAUGUGUUUUAAAAAAUUUCAACUUAAAUCAAACAGUAGCCAGUAAUCGACUAAUGACUACUCUAUUAAGACAUUUAAUGAGUAACAGAGUACAGAGUAAUGAUUCUCAACAUUAAUUGUAUGUUUAAUUAGACGAUUUGUUUGUGCAAUUCGUCUUUGUAUCCUGAUAUAUAUUUAAUAGGAAUCUAGUGUUAAAUAAGACUCAUGGCCGACCAUAAAGAAAACAAAGACCAAACAACCUCACAGUCUUCGGAUAACUAUGAAGGAUGGGGAUUUGAUUUAUUUCCCGAGAGGAGAGGUACAUACAAACCAAGUUUAAAAAAUGUUUUGUUUCAAGGACGUGGAAACGAAAACUUGGAAAGAAUCAAGUGUGAAAGAAAAGUGGCUUCUUGUUUAAGCAAAAGUCCAUUGGUAAAGAUCAUGAUGGGUGCAUUGCGCAGAUCUGGUUGCGAAGUCAACCCAUCUCGUCAUAUUGCUUGUGAACUUUGUGAUUCAAGUGUCCAUGGGGGAUAUGAUCCAAUUAUGAAUCAAGUUGUUAUAUGUCAAAACACUGCUAUUUCAAAGGGUACCAUACAGGGAGUGCUCACACAUGAACUUAUACAUAUGUUCGACAAUUGUACACGUAAAUUAGACUUCAGGAAUAUUGAACAUUUAGCUUGUACAGAAAUCAGAGCAGCAAAUUUGACACAUUGUGGAUUUGUAUCAUCUAUUCUUGAAGGUCAUUCAUCAAUAUUUAAUUUUAGAAAAAAACACCAAGACUGUGUUAAACAUAAAGCCACUAUUUCUGUAUUGGCUGUUAGAAAUGUCACAUAUGAACAAGCAAAAGAAGCAGUUGAGAAGGUAUUUGAUCGUUGUUAUGCAGAUUUAGAACCUAUCGGAAGAAGAAUUAGAGGAAAAUCAGUUGAUUUUGAACUUGCAUAUGCUGAAGCUUUUUUAAUGGGUUAUGAUUAAUAGUCAUUUAUUUAUGUUAUUGUGUAGAAUAGAAAAAAAUAUUAGGUGUACAAAAAAUGUAUUUGAAAAUUAAAACAUAAAUAUUAUAGAUGAUAUUUUUACUCGUGGA